UUGUCCCCACAAGAAACAUUAGCUCUCCACUCCAUCUUCGGUUCACACUAUUGGGGGUCCUUUCAUACACUAUAAAACACUCACGCAUCCCCUCUGAUCUCCCAUACUCAUAUCCUCGUAGCUAGAAAUGGGGAGGGUUAUCUUGCUAGCCAUAGUCUUUGCACUGGCCUUCGCACUGACCGAGAGCAUUCCCUUCACCGAGAAGGACCUCGCAUCGGAGGAGAGCUUCCGAGACUUGUAUGAGAGGUGGCGGAGCAUCCACACGGUGUCGCGGGACCUCGACCUCGAUGAGAAGCACAAGAGGUUCAAUGUGUUCAAGGAGAAUGUCAAGUUCAUCCAUGAAUUCAACAAGAAGGACAAGCCCUACAAGUUGAAGCUAAACAAGUUCGGGGACAUGACCAAGGAAGAGUUCAGGAACACGUUUGCUGGGUCUAAAGUGAUGCACCACCGGAUGCGCCGGGGAAGCCUGCGUAGCUCCGCCAGGACGUUCAUGUAUGAGAAGAUAGCUGACUUGCCUCCCUCUGUGGACUGGAGGCAAAAUGGUGCAGUUACAGGCGUCAAAGAUCAAGGCCAAUGUGGUAGCUGUUGGGCUUUCUCAGCAGUUGCUGCAGUGGAGGGCAUAAACCAGAUCAGAACCAAAAACCUUGUUUCCCUCUCGGAGCAAGAGCUGGUCGACUGCGAUAACAAGGAUGACAAUGGAUGUGAUGGAGGUCUAAUGGAUCAUGCAUUUGAGUUCAUUAAAGGAAACGGGGGAAUAACAACUGAAGCAAACUACCCCUAUGUAGGGAAAGAUCAAACAUGCAACUUAUCCAAGGAGAAUUCUCAUGUGGUUGUGAUUGAUGGACAUGAGGAUGUUCCCGAGAACGACGAGGAUGCUUUGAUGCAAGCAGUGGCCAAUCAGCCUGUCUCUGUCGCUAUUGAAGCAAGCGGUUCAGCUUUCCAAUUUUACUCUGAGGGUGUUUUCACUGGAGAUUGUGGCACAGAUCUGGAUCAUGGAGUUGCUGUCGUAGGAUAUGGAACAACAAGGGAUGGGACAAAAUAUUGGAUAGUAAAGAAUUCAUGGGGUUCUACGUGGGGUGAGAAUGGCUAUGUAAGGAUGGAGCGUGGUAUCUCAGCAAAACAAGGGCUAUGUGGUAUAGCUAUGCAGGCAUCCUAUCCAACCAAAGCAUCUCCCGAGAAAGAAGCACCUCUUAAGGAUGAGCUUUAGGAAGUUAAUUCCUUUCACAUUCUCCCUGGAAAAAAAAAAACUUAAAGGUUUCUGUGUUUUUAAUUUCUCUUGUAAGACAAUUCCACUUAAUAUUAAUGAAUAAAUGAGCGUUUAGCUCCAUUAUGCU